AUGGAGAGACCUCCAACAUACCAGCCCUUGUGUAGGGACGAAGAGGAGGACAUACUGGCACAGUUGGAGGUAGAGAAAAAUGGCACUGCAUGGAACACGAAUAGCACGGAAAUCAUACCAACAAACACGCGCAGCUUCGUGGCUUUCCUUUCGAUUCUUUUGUUGUCGCUCGCCGCCAAUGUCUUGCUAGUCAUGGAUAAUGCGAAGCUACGCACAUCCCAGCAUCCUGGAAGGACGGAGUAUGCCGGAUUGACUUUUGAUACUCCCAUGCCCUACCAUGCUACGACCCAGUACUGGCAUCCUAAUGCUACUGACAGUGAUAUGGAAGCCGCAUGGGAUGAUAUUGAGACCAAUCCUGUGGCCGUUGCACUUGAUCAGUCAUUUGCAAAACGUGUUGGUCUUCCACCAUCAACGCAAUUCCCCUGGGAUACAGAGCGCGACGUCUAUUACGUGAAAGGCAUUCAUGACUUGCAUUGCUUGGAUCUCCAGAAACUUAUACGCAAAGCCAUCGUCGCGAAGCACCACGGUAGAGAGCAGGUCUUCAAUCUUCGGCACAUCUACCACUGUUUGGACGGUUUGCGACAAGAUAUAAUGUGUACUGCCGAUGAUACGCCUAUGCCAGCACCCAUAGCACAUCAGUUAGGUGAAGGUCAGAUUCGACAAUGCCGCGAUUGGGAUAAGUUGCUCGCAUGGGCAACUCGUCCUGACCAACAUGCCUGCUACAAUUUCGACGACUACCGCGAAUCGACAAACACCCUAGAGUUGUUCGGCUUCUGUCCCCAAAACUCGCCGUACCAAGCCUUCCAACAGGCCUAUUUCGAAAUGCAUGGCCACAAGGACACAUACGAAGUGAAGGACACUGAUGAACCCGUCAUUGUCUUCUAG